AUGUCUUACUCGCAACUCUUAAAAUUUAUCCAAUCCAUUCAAAUUGCUUAUGACAAGGAACACCCAUCUUUUAACGCCGACGAAGAGCAGCUCUUACCUUCUUUAAUUCUCAAGUUGCUGGAUGCACAGGCUACGAUACUAGACGUCGAGAGCGGAAAAAACUUGGUUGAUAGCGAUGUUGAAUGUUGGCUAGCGGCGAUGGACGUUGAACGUCAUUCGCUUAAUCAACUUGAGCAAAUCUCAACAGACUUUCACUUGGAAAUUUCUCUUGUUGAUCUUCUUCCCACCCCUGGCUCCAAAAACUGGCUGAAGCUCGGUGAGCAUGCAAGUCUUAUGGCUAAUUGGUUAGACACAAAACGCUUUCGAUUAUCAGACAAGGAAAUUCACGAGUGA